AUGAGUUCACGAUGUUUCGGUGCAAGAUACAUAACGACUUUCAUGUUGUUUCUCGGCAUGUCGAAUGCUUACGUCAUGCGUACCAACAUGUCUGUGGCAAUUGUUGCAAUGGUUAAUCAUUCGGCUUUACCGGUACACGAAAAAAUAUACGACAAUGAAUGUUUCGAUUACGGAAAAGGAAAUUUGACGAAUUUAACAUCCCCUUCACCGAACACCGAGGAAGAAAUUAUAGGUAAUGGUAAAUACGUAUGGGAUUCAACAAUUCAAGGUUACGUCCUAUCGUCUUUUUUUUACGGUUACGUCAUAACUCAAAUACCUUUUGGUAUAUUGGCAAAAAAAUAUGGUGCCAAAUGGUUUUUAGGAAUCGGUAUGUUGGUCAAUUCGGUUUUUGCAUUUUUAGUACCCAUAUCAGCUGAUUUAGGAAUCGGAUGGUUGAUAAUUUGUAGAUUUGUUCAGGGUCUCGGAGAGGGUCCGAUCGUACCUUGCACACACGCUCUUCUUGCCAAAUGGAUACCACCUAACGAAAGGAGCAGAAUGGGAGCUUUCGUAUAUGCCGGUGCACAAUUUGGUACUGUCAUAUCGAUGCCAUUGAGCGGUCUUCUUGCCGAAUAUGGUUUUUCCGGUGGAUGGCCAUCUAUUUUUUACGUUUUCGGAAUUAUCGGUACCGUUUGGUGUUUGGCAUUUUUUUUCACUGUUUACGAAGAUCCUGAAAGUCAUCCGAAAAUAUCAGAUCAGGAAAGAAAAUAUAUAGUUAAUUCAUUAUGGGGAGCAGAAGGAGUCACCUCGACUUCGGUUCCAUGGAAGGAUAUUUUUACGUCAAUUCCCUUUUGGGCCAUUGCUGUAGCUCAUGUUGGACAAAAUUACGGUUACGAAACUUUGAUGACCGAACUUCCAACUUUUAUGAAACAAGUUCUUCAUUUCGACAUAAAAUCCAACGGUACGCUGUCUGCUUUGCCUUAUCUUGCCAUGUGGAUAUUUUCAAUGGCCGUCAGUCACGUCGUAGAUUGGAUGAUAUCGAGCGGAAGGUUCUCGCAUACCACGACGAGAAAAAUAAUCAACACAAUCGGACAAUUUUGUCCGGCUAUCGCAUUGAUUGCCGCAUCGUAUACCGGUUGUAAUCCUCCAUUGACGGUUGCUUUACUAACAAUCGGAGUGGGAUUAAAUGGCGGAAUUUAUUCAGGGUUCAAAGUCAAUCACUUAGACAUAUCACCGAGAUUUGCUAGCAUAUUAAUGAGUUUUACUAAUUGUUUAGCUAAUUUAGCCGGAUUGUUGGCACCGAUAACGGCAGGCCACAUAAUACACGGAAAGCCGACUCAAGCUCAAUGGAGGAUAGUUUUUUUUAUAGCUGCUGGAAUUUACGUGGCUUGCGGUUCCGUUUAUUUAUUAUUUUCAUCUGGUAAAAGGCAAAAAUGGGAUGAUCCUUCAAUGGAUAAAAUCAACGAGGAAAAAAAAUCUAAAAAAAAUGGAUUAAAACUUGCCAACGGUGAUAAUACGGAAGAAACGGGUCAAUGA